UACAUAAAUCGAGAUAACAACGCUGUCGGCGACAAUUCCUCCCAAUCAGCCUAUGGUAUCAUUUGCAAACAAGCCGCUGAGAUUACGAACCUGACAGGAAACGUCGCACCCACUGCUGUAAGCCAACCAAGUUUGUUUGACGCUCUGUGGAACCCUACACGGACUGUCCCUGCCUGGCUUCUGCUAGUUAUCUUCCCGCUCAUCAGUAUUCGAUCGCCAACGUUCUUCACAAAAUUCACGGCUUUAGGAACUGUUUCCAUUCUCUACAUCUUCAUUCUCACUUUUGCCAAAGCCGGUAUCUGGGGUAUAAAUGUAAAUUUCCUUGAACCUGCCAGCUUCAAUUUCGCACCUCUUUACAGUCCUCUGUUCCCUGCACUAACCGGAGUAUGCACGUUGGCGUUUUUUAUCCACAAUAGUAUUGAAUCAAUCAUGCGCUGCAACAAAAAUCAGAAGAACAAUGCUCGUGAUCUUCUCAUGGCCUUUCUACUGGUUGCACUCACCUAUGUGAUUAUUGGGGUGGUCUUUUACUUGGCCUUUCCUGAGCCAAAGGCCUGCAUCGCGGACAAUCUACUGAAUAAUUUACCCUCCUCCGACAUAUUUGGCUUUGUGGGCCGUCUGGCCCUGUUGUUCCAAAUUCUCACCGUCUACCCGCUGCUAAUGUACGUUCUGCGUGUCGAGAUUAUGCACGCAAUCUUCCAUGCGGUGUACCCAGGUGGCUCCUUCUCUGCACUCAUCUACAUCUUUGCACUGCCCUGUAUGGUGUACAUCCUCAGUUUGAUGCGUGUGCCCGCGGAGAAAGGUCAGUACGACAAGGAUGAAGCCGAAGCUACCUUCGACGCCAAUCCGCAAAAAAAGCCUCCCAAGCUGGGCUUGAAGCAUCUUACGCCGAAAAAGUGGGCCAUUAUUGCCUUUCACCUCUUCAUUUUCCUUCUCGGUUUAGCCAACUUUGUGGCCCAAUUUGUCCUCAGUUUCGCAAACUAG